AUGCCACAGGAAUCCUCGUCCGAGCCAGACCCGGAUAAUUCUGAUGCUGAGUUCGUCGAGAUUGACCCCACUGCUCGUUAUGGUCGGUAUAAAGAAGUCUUGGGCCGGGGUGCUUUCAAGAAAGUAUAUAGAGCAUUUGAUGAAUUGGAAGGAAUAGAAGUAGCUUGGAAUCAGGUUAAAGUGGCAGAUCUGUUGCGUAAUUCGGUGGAUUUGGAGCGUUUGUAUUCUGAAGUUCAUUUGCUCAAGACUUUGAAGCAUAAAAACAUUAUCAAGUUCUACAAUUCUUGGGUCGACGCCAAAAAUGAGAAUAUCAACUUCAUCACUGAGAUUUUCACUUCGGGGACAUUGCGGCAGUAUCGGCAGAAGCAUAAGCAUGUUGAUCUGAGAGCAUUGAAGAAAUGGUCUAGGCAGAUUUUAGAGGGACUUUUGUAUCUUCAUAGUCAUGAUCCACCAGUUAUUCAUAGAGAUUUAAAAUGUGACAAUAUCUUUGUUAAUGGAAACCAAGGUGAGGUGAAAAUUGGGGACUUGGGUUUGGCUGCGAUUCUUCAGCAAGCUCAGUCAGCUCAUAGUGUUAUUGGUACCCCGGAGUUUAUGGCACCAGAGCUUUAUGAGGAGGAAUACAAUGAGCUUGUCGACAUUUAUGCCUUUGGCAUGUGCUUGCUGGAGUUGGUGACUGUUGAAUAUCCAUAUGUCGAAUGCACCAAUGCUGCUCAAAUAUAUAAGAAAGUGACAUCGGGAAUUAAACCGGCAUCAUUAUCAAAGGUGAAAGAUCCUGCUGUUAAAGCAUUUAUAGAAAAAUGUAUUGCAAAGGUCUCUAACCGUUUACCGGCAAAGGAACUUUUGAUGGAUCCCUUUCUUCAAUCAAAUGGGGAAAAUGAAAGUGUUGCUCACUCUUUACAACCCAAAGCCCAUUCUUCAGUUGGCAGUUCUGAUCAGAUUGAUGUUAAUGAAAGUGCCAAGGAUUCUUCUGCUGAACCAAGUAGAGAUUUCAGUGUACAAGGGCAGAGGAAAGACAUUAAUACGAUAUUUCUGAAACUAAGGAUAGCUGAUUCCACAGGUCAUUUCCGCAAUAUCCACUUCCCGUUUGAUGUUGAAGUAGAUACAGCAAUUGCAGUUGCUAGUGAAAUGGUGGAAGAGUUGGAUCUGACUGAUCAAGAUGUUUCAACAAUUGCUGCCAUGAUUGAUUCAGAAAUUCGGUCCCAUAUUCCUGAUUGGGCUCCCAACAAUAUUUCACUAGAAAAUUUACCUGCAGAGGACUUAGAGUUUCCUUUUGAAAAUAAGGAUGACAGUUCACCUUUGUCAAAUGAAUCUAGUCACUCUCCAGGUAGUCUUGUAUUGGAAAGAUUGCCUUCAGGUCGUAAGUAUUGGUCCGACUCACCCAAGGACGGUGGAAGCUCUCCAAACAAGCUUGGGCGUUCGAACCUGUAUUUCCAUGAGUCUUGUCUCAGUAGUCCAAAUGCUGCUCAGUCACUUGGACAGCUGGAGGCUGGGAGCAUGUCUGAUGAUGACCAUAACAGUGCAAAAGGUGGAAUUAACGGAUCUGAUGAUUUGCAAUUCGCUAAUAGAAACAGUACAUCUGGCAAGAUAAUUGGUGAGAAACUUGAGAAUCUUCUGGUAAUGCAGCAACAAGAACUAGAGGAACUAAAGAGGAAGCACAGAGGAGCCAUAUCAGACCUUCUAAAUGAAGUUUCUCCAGAAAACCGUCUGGAGGUUUUAAAUAUAUGUAAGCAGAAAAUACCUGGUUAUGAAAUGCCGUGA